AUGGUCAUAAGUGACAUGAUAAAGAGGUUUUCCGGACACCCACAGGUGGAACGUACACGUCCUCCCGUGCCAGUUGCCGCUCCCAUAGACUCCAUGUUUGCAACACCAACUAGGACCGCCCCUCUGCAAAGUUUUGUAGAUAAUUUUGCAGCGGCAUCAACCUCAAAUACCAUUUCAAGCCCACAAGCCCGAAGGCCGUUUUCGGAUCCUCCUACACAAAGAAUCUUUGAUGGAAGCAUGGCAAAUACUGGUCACCAGCACGUGCAUGACCACGGAACGGCGACAAUAGCACAAGCAACAGCUGGUAGUGGUGAUACAACUGUUCAUAAGACAGAGGUUGUAGAAACGGUUGUUGAGACCCAGAAAAACCAAGCGGCGGUUGCAAAACAGGACACGGCACAAUCCUCCGCAGCCUCGAGCCAGUCUGUACUAUCAUCAGUCAAUGGUGUUGCUGGUAACACUGGACAAGGGAUAGCUCAAGUAGAAACAGCUGCAGCAGCAAGUCAGACAGCAGCGGCAGCAUCCACUGCAACAGCGGCAAAAGAGGAAAAGGUUGUAAAGAAAACUAAGAAGACAACAACCACAGUAGUGAAGAAAGGUAAUGAUCCCACGGCCGUAGCUGGUGUACCUGCUGGCCAAGUUCAGGAGGUUCACCAGGUUGUUGAAGAGACCGUUCAUCAAGGGUCAGCAUCUUCUGUAGCUGCAGCGUCAGAAACAGCAGCUGUUGCUGCUAAAACUUCAUCCGCAGGUACCAUUGCCGGUGCGAGUGGUAGUGGAUCUGCUAUGGAUACUGCUGUAUCGUCGGCAGCAGCUGCAUCUAGCGCCGCGUCCUCAGCAAGUGCUGCAGAAACAAACGCAACAACUUCGACAAAAAAGGUGACUAAAAAGACAACAACGAUAACGAAAACAAAAGCUUCAGAUACCGGUGGACUUGCAGGCAUGAAUUCAGAAUUACCUAAAGCUGUUCUGUCAAGCUUAGCAGCAAAACCAAAAGCAGCUAAAAAGCCUCCAACCGCAAUUUUGUCAGACAAUAACGACAAAAAGGUAGCUAUAAAGUCAAAAGCAGCCCUUUUGGCAACGGAUAAACCAAAAUUAGCUGCUCCAGUGAUAACCAACAAACCUACGGAAGCGCCAGCGGUAACAGAAACAACAACUGCUCCACAAGUUUCAACCGAAGAGGUAGAAUUAGAAGUGGAGGAAGUAGUUUCCACAACAACAAAGCCGAGUACAGCCACAGCUGUAUAUAAUAAAUUGACAUGGAAUCUUCUUGAAAAACCAGUCUGUUAUACACCAUGUGGAUAUAGAGAUUUCUAA